UUCCGUUCGACGCGUCUCAGCAGCGAGUCAAUAAACUCAAUGGCCGUGACGGAGAAACUCAUCCAGACGGUGCACGCGUACCCGGUGCUUUAUAACGCGUCGCUGCACGAUUAUCGCAGCUCGGAGCGGAGGGUGAAGGCGUGGAGGGAGGUCGCCGCGUGCGUCGGGCUCUCCGUGCUGGAGUGCAAGCGCAGAUGGAAGACCAUCAGGGACAGAUACAUCCGAGAGAGGAGGCUGUGCCAGCUGAGGAAGGAGGAGGGCGGCCGGCGCCUGCAUUACUGGCCGCACAGAGAAACCCUGGCCUUUCUGGACGCUCACAUCAGGAAGAGGAAGCGUCCCGGUGAAGCCGAGGCUCCGGAGGAGCUGGACGACUCGCCCGACGACUCCAGCGGCGCCGAGUCAAAGCCCGGCCCGGAGAAAGAGAAGGAGUCCAAGCAGCAGCUCAAGCCCUUGUCACAGCUGCCGCUGUCCAUCGUCACUCAGCUGCCGCCGGUCAAACCGGUGCCGCCGCUGACCCAGCUGCUGCUCGCCGGUCUGCCCCUGCAGGCGUCCGCUUCCGACUCCAGCGCCGCUGACCGACCGUCACCCACCAGCACCACGCCGCCCGCCGCCGCCUGCAACCUCAACGGGAAGCUGGAGGAGAACGAGGCGCUGAAGAGCUGCGAGAAAGAGCGCGAGCGAGCGUUCGACGAGGACGAGCUGUUCCUCUUGAGCUACGUCCCUGCCCUCAAAAGACUGACGCCGCAGAAGAGAGCCGCCGUCAAGAUGCAGAUCCAGCAGAUCAUGUUUGACGCAGAGUUCAAGGAGCACUGAACACUCGUUUUUUACCACGUUUCAGAAAAGAGUUGCUCUGUUUCUGUUUGUGUCUCGGUGUGAACGAUGGAAUAAUUGGCUUCUCCUUCUGUUCAGCUUUGAGGAGUUAUUAAUUGGUGCAAAAGACCCAAAUCUCACACUGUAAGAGACAGUAAGCAGUCAAACAUGGUAACUGUGUCCCGGACAGGAUUCAU